UUCGUUGCCGGGCCAUGUUUUGUAUACGGAGUUUGGUCUCCUUAUCUCUAAUCUUCAUGCUUGUUGCUUAGGCUAUAGCAUAGAGUAAUAUUACUCUAUGGGCUAUAGCACGGUCUUAGAAGAUCUUCUAAGACCGUGGGCUAUAGUUAUCAAUCUAGUGUGUUAUAUUAUAUAUCUGUAACCAUAACAUUGAACUUGAGAGAAAGGAAACCAUUAUACGAGUUUAUAGUUUGUUCAAAUGGAAAUAACAAAUUAAGAUAAUAUGUGAAAAUAUGUAAUAUAUCCCUAUCGUGGACAACUGAAUUACUGUGGUGGAUAUAUUAUUAUAUCGCAGAACAAUGUCCACCUUGCCUUUAUCUUUGCAUUAUCUAUAAUCACCAAACUACAAAAUAAGUUAGUGACCAGAAGUUCAAGCAUUCAAUGCCCAUUUUAGUAUUAUACUGUUGAACUGUUCACUGGUGUCCAUCAUCUAUGGAAUAUAGUUUCAUGUGUUUUGGAAUUUGUCUGUGACCAUUGACAAACAGCCAACCGUCAACUACUGAAGACUGAAGGAACUUGUGAUGAACAGAACUUCAAAGUGAGAACAUGCUUAGAUCUUGGAAUUAUCUCACUUGAGAUCUUAGACUUAGAAUUAAGGUCAUCAUCGUAAUUUGAUAUUAGUACCUACAACUUAUUAACAUAAAAUGGAGUUGAACACAACAUACAAUAUAAAUAUAAUUAGCCAAAUUGACAAAGAACGUGGCUUAUUUGUCGCUGUUGAACGAUUUAAUAGUAGUUCAACGGGAUACUUUCAUCACUAUUAUGAACAACUUUCACUCUUUGACGAUUGUAUCGAGUGGUUUCAACAAUUCGAUUAUCCUAUUAUUGAAUUUGGAAAGGUUGUAGUUGUUCAAGAUGACAAAAACUCCAGGGUUUGGAAGCGUGGUAUCAUAUCAAAUUGUCAUAAUUCUAAUAAUUUGCGUCCUGAAGUUUAUUUAAUCGACUAUCAGAGAUUUACUGCCAACGACACCAUAUUUGAAUUGAGAACAUGUCCGCCCAAAUUGUUGCAGCUUAUACUGCCAACUUACACUAUUGAUAUAAAUCUUUGUUUGGAUAAUGAUGAUUUAAUAACUGCAAUUACAAUCUUGAUAAAGAAAAAUCAGUAUGGUGAAUUAAGUUUCAGUUUUACCCCUCAAUCUGUUGAAAAUAAUGUUUACUCUGGCGAAUUAAAAGUAUACAUUAAAGAGAAAAAUGUAUCAUUAAAAAAGUUAUUAAAAAAUGUGUGCACAAAAAAAAUUUUUGAAGACAUACCACUAUACAAAAAGCAUCAAUAUUCAAAUUUCAAUCCAAUAGAAAUAAAAUAUUUAGUAAGUUAAAAUUUUAAUUUUAUAUAAUUUAUGAAUUCUAAUUUUUGUUUUUAUUUCUUUAGAAAAAUAUUUUUUAUACCAAGGGAACCAAGUAAAAUGGUAUUUUUAGAUAGUAGUCUAGUUUCAAGUUCCUUUGACUUAAAUUGUAUUGAUGAUUCAAAUACAAAUUCGUCAUAUAAUUCUGCCAAUGAAUUUUCCUCUACCUCUAACUACUCUGAAAAUAUUUGCUUUAGCAAUGACUCAGAAAUAAACAUUACAAAAUCACAAAAUAAUUGUAUUACUCCAAUAAUAAAACAAAAAGUUUACUCUUCUAAUAGUUCUUUGAUGAAUAAGAGCAACUCUUCUUUGCAAUCACCGAGUUCUGAUGAUAAUAAUUUCACUGUGCCAGAAAUAAAACAGUGUAAGGAUUUUGUUGUAACAAGAAUGUCCAAAUUCAAGAAAAACACAGGUUGUCAACAAGAUAACAAGUCAACUUUAACCCUUACGGUAUUAGAAACACCUGAAAUACAUUUAAAAUCAAUAAGCAAUAUAGAACCUAUGAAUACUAAAAUGAAUGAUUCACUGAUAUGGUGGUCUGAUGAUGAUGAUGAUCAAUAAUCAAUAAGUUGAUGACAAAAGCUAAUGACUCAUUGAUUAAACUGGCUAAAGUAAAUAAUUGUUUUUAGUGCUUUUUAACACAAAUAAUUAUAACAGGCCAAUUUUCAUUUUUGUAACAAAUACUACAAAAUGUACCUAAUAAAUAACAAAUAUUUGUUAUUUUUUCAUGUGUUAUCUUUUAUGGUAUUAAUAAAUUAUAAUAUUUACCAUAAGAAUCAAUUAUAUUAUUGUUACUUCUCUUCUGUUGACUUUUAUAUAGGAUGUUAUACCAAACAUGCUCACCCCCAGUUUUUACUAGUUUUUAGUGCUUUUUAACAAAUAAUAAGCCAAUUUUCAUUUUUGUAACAAAUACUACAAUGUGUACCUAAUAAUUAACAAAUAUUUGUUAUGUUUUCAUGUGUUAUCUUUUAUUGUAUUAAUAAAUUAUAAUAUUUACCAUAAGAAUCAAUUAUAUUAUUGUUACUUCUCUUCUGUUGACUUUUAUAUAGGAUGUUAUACCAAAUAUGCUCACUCCCAUUUUUCGUUUAAUAAUAAAUUUAUUAAAAUUCUUGAGAUUUUUUAUACAACUUAAGGAGUGUCUCGUGAUAAUACAAACUCCUGAUUUUCACAUGAUAAUCCACUUUUUUUUGUAAAUCAUUUAGUGAAUAAUUUUUUUAAAAAUGUUGAUGUACCUCAUUUAAUUAAGUAGUCUUUCAGUUAUUAAAAUUAUCGUACUAACAAUGGUUUUACAAAAAUAUAAAAUAAAUGCAUUAUUGAAUCUACUUUGAAGAUGUUUUCAAAUAAUUAUGAUGUUGAUAAAUUAGUAAUUACUAACAUUUUCAAUUCACCAAAGCACCUAUACGUUCUUAACCCAUUAUUUUAGGCUCAU